CUGGGUCGCGUACGAUUCGGUCUGCAGCCUGCAGCAACUUGCAUAUGUUCCGGGCCCUUUUCAACCGGCUCGACUGGCAAGGGGGACAGAUGAACAAAGCGCAAACCGUUAGGAAACCGUCGACAGGCGGCAGACGAGUGCAAGCGAAAUGUGUACGUAUGUGUGUGUGUGUGUUUGUUUGUGUGAGGUUGGGCGGAAGAAAGAAGAACCUGCCCGCUUCCGAAGUGCGUCCGACACACACCCAACGCACAACACGCGGUCUCACUUUGGGCAGUGACGUCGACCGAGUCGGUGCAUCGCGUGCAGUCCGGCAGUGCCUCCGAUCCGUGUUUUCUCCAACCGUGCCAGGUGAUCCGUUGCAUCCAGUCUCCACCAUACCCGUCAUCGUUGUAAGUGAUCACCGUGCAGUGAAUCCGUGCCUUUCAUCGGUGUUGAUAGAGUGGUUGUUCGAUUACUUCUCCAUGAUAGUUGCGUGCGCGUGACAGAAUGUCCGGUUGAGUUGCCGUCCUCAGCAACGCACCCAGUGAGUGUCAAAUUUCAGAAAGCCAUCUUCACGGCUGCCACCAUGCCAAAAAGCGUUCCAAAGAGUGGUGACAGAUCCGGCCCCUGCCGACGUCCGUCCGACGGUGCGCGUAAGCGAAAACGAGGACCAUCUCCUUCCAGUCCGUACCGUCCCGUGGAUCGUGCCGCGACAGGAAAAAGGAUAUGCGUUCCAACGACGAUGGAGUCACCGACGGGCGUUAGCUCCACCACACCCGACACAUCGCCCACGGCAGGACGCGCUGCCGCCACGGACUUUAUGCUGGCAGCACUCGGACGCAUUCGAGAGCUACAGGACGAGCUGGAUUUUUUGCAGAAUGACCCAUACGCCGAGGAUACGGACGAUGAGGGAGAUCAACCCGGCGACGGGAGACAGCCGGCGCAGCCGAACGUGAUCGGUGGCCGACAGGCGGAAGCGAUGGGUUGGGCCGUUUGUGCCCGGGAAACGAUGCAUUUCCUACAGCGCGAAGGCAUCCCACCGGACAGUCCUUUGAUGGUGAAUCUACGGCGACGGCUCGUCGGUCGGUUGGACGAACCGGACGAAGGACUUUCCUGCUGAGGCGUUGUGUUGUUGUGUUGUAACACAACAUUUCUAGUCAAACCGGGACGACCGGUGAAGGAUGGUAGGGAUGGCAGAUGGCUGCAGCACCGGGCAACAAUACAGAUACAGCACACCUUCAAAUCCAAUUCUUCAAAGAGGAAAUUCUAGUCAGCUGUUUGCAGAGCGAUGGAUGUUUAGCAGUAGUUUUCUUUUACCUAUUAUCCACCAGAAUCGACCAAUAAAGCUUCUACCAAACGUAA